AUGUCAAGAAACCGGCGGCGCGGAACCGCCGCCGCCGUUGUCUCCGCCCCUGCUGAACCCGGCAGGACGGCCUCGGAGAUCGAGGAGAUCGAGCCCUUCCCGCGCUUCGACGUGGUCUCCGACCACUCGGACCACUAUUUCCACGCCGCGACCCAGUCCAUCCCGGCCGAGACCCUGACGAAGAUCAUGCAGGAGUGGAAGCUCCUGGAGCAGCACCUGCCGGAGUCCAUCACCGUGCGGGCCUACGAGCAGAGGGUUAACCUCCUCCGGGCCGCCGUGGUGGGCGCCUCGGCCACGCCCUACCACGACGGCCUCUACUUCUUCGACAUAUCCUUCCCUCCCCAUUACCCGACGCAGCCGCCGCGGGUCCACUACCGGGCGUUCGGGUACCGGAUCAACCCGAACCUCUACAGUGGCGGCGUCGUCUGCUUGAGCUUGCUCAAUACGUGGCAUGGCAAACGAAAGAGCGAGAGAUGGAACCCGACGGAGUCGACGAUCCUGCAGGUGCUGCUCUCGAUACAGGCCCUCGUGCUCAACGAGAGACCCUACUACAACGAACCGGGUCACGGGGCCUUCAAGCCCGGAACUUCCGGCGAGAAGAAGUCCUUCGCCUACAACGAGGAAAUCUUCGUCCUCUCUUGCCAGUCCGUGCUGCGCCUGAUCAAGACACCUCCGAAGGGAUUCGAGGCCUUUGUCGCGUGGCACUUCCGGGACCGGGCCCGUGCCAUACUGCAGGCCUGCGAGGCCUACGCGAACGGGCGGGUCCGGGUCGGGUACUUCCGGGAAGGCGUGCCGCGGGGGCCGUCGAGAGUGGCGGUGCCGGAGAAGUUCAAGCAGUCCAUCAAGCGCUUGUAUCCGGAACUAUACCAAGCGUUCAGCCAAGACGGGGCUUCGUUGGCUGGUUUGAGCAAAGAGUUGAGGUUGGACGAGACGCCACGCCGGGGCAACCCUCCUCCGGCGCCGGCGGGCAAGGGGAAGAAGGGUUUAGUGGUCAAAGUUGUCGGGAUGGUUAAGAAGUUUUUGGGAUUGAAAUAGGAUAGGAAAUUGACAAUUUACAAGGUUUAUUGAUAGGUACAUUCCAUCAAUGAUUCGCUGGACAAUACUAGUCAUAGUGCAUAAUGAUAUAUUGAUUAUCUAGAGAGAUUGAAUGUACAGUGUCACUUUAUGUGAUUGGUAUAGUCGAUGUGACUUUAUAUGUGCACCUUCGCUUAUGGUGAAGUAGAAAUUUGUAGUGAACUCGUGAGUGAUUUCUGUUUUUCUGUUUAAAUUAAGUGGAAGGUUUG